AUACACCCCACCACUUGCUGAACACGGGACUUUGUCUUCCUGUACCUUCAACACACCAAUUUUUGAAUCCUAAGUCGUCUUCGGACGCGCCACUAUCACGAUGUCUGGAGCUGCAAACAGACAGGGCAAGAUGGUAAGUAAAUCUAUCAACUACCGCAUGAAGGUAACACUUCAAGAUGGUAGGCAGAUGGUUGGACAGAUGCUCGCGUUCGACAAGCACAUGAACCUGGUCCUUGCCGACACAGAGGAGUUCCGCCGCACUCGACGACGAGGAAAGGCCGCGCCUGGCGCAACCCAGAGCGUCACCGAGACUGAGGAGCGACGCGCGAUCGGCCUCACCAUCAUCCGCGGUGCGCAUGUCAUCUCACUAUCUGUCGAUGGGCCGCCGCCCGCAGACCCUGCCGCGAGGCUUGGAGCGCAGCCUAGUGGCACCGCAACUGCUGCGACUCUAGCCGCUGGUCCUGGUGUCGCGCGACCGGCCGGACGUGGUCUACCAGUUGGCCUGACUGGACCCGCGCCUGGCGUCGCAGGUCCUGGUCCUGGAUUCGGUGGAGGAUUUCCCGGUGGCCCACCUGGCUUUGGUGGCCCACCUGGUUUCCCAGGUCGUGGCGGACCACCUGGAGGCGGACCUCCCGGUUUCCCUCCUGCCGGUGGCCCUCCAGGUUUCGCAGGACCUCCAGGCUUCGGUGGACCUCCUGGUUUCCCUGGCCGCGGUGGACCUCCUCCUGGCUUUGGUGGGCGAUAAGAGCGGGAAGGUCGUCUGGAGAGAGCUCGCAACAUCAAAAGCAUACCAGGAACGUCAGUCGGUACUACACCAGCAGAGCCAAUUGUGCCAGCCCGGAACGCGAUUGUGUGAGAAAAUGGCCACGUCUUUUGAGACGUAGACAUUAGAUAAGUACAGUCUCAUCAGUUUCACACGGGUCGGAGGGCUGGAGCUUUGAGGAAUGAUGGUUACACGGCUCAAGUCUUUGGUUCGAAGGAGAUUUACGGCAACUUGAAUUGCGCAAUACCCUUGAGAUCGAUAAGGAGGAACUGGAAAAAUGCUUUACCAACCUUGCAAUGCCAUGAGAUAAAUGCUCACUGCUGUUUUGCACUCGUAUAUGUA